AUGUCUGCGCGGAAUCACAGUGUAACGAUGUUGGUAGCUGGCAACGUGGGUCCUGUCUUAGACAAGGUACCGAAGGAGAUCCAUGUCAAAAAAAUUAAAUCUCACCAUCCCACCGCUCAACCUGUCUGGUGAAAUGCUUAUCCACAAGGUGAGGACAAAUGCCUUUUAUUUUGUGCCGCAGUGGCUGGAAUACGGCAGAGAGAUGAUGGACGCACUUUUUGGAGACAAAUCACUACUGGGAGAACUAAGGUCAGAAAAAUAUGACCUCAUGUUUCUUGACAUCAUAGCCCCCGAGGGCUUACUGUUAAUGGAUUAUUUGAACAUUCCCAGUGUUGGGUAUUCUAAUUUUGGAUUUGACAAUAACUGGGACAUCAGUCCACCCAUAAAUCCUUCCUACAUGCCGGACGCAUUUUCGGCUUACUCAGAAUACAUGACAUUUUGGGAACGAUUAAUCAAUACUGUUAGUAUAACUACAAUGAACUUGAUGAAAAUACAAUAUCAGUCGCCUUGUGAUGAGGCGAAGGUAAAAUACAAUCUUAACACUUCACUCUCCCUGGAAAGUGUGUUCACAAGAUUGUCGCUGCUGAUAGUAAAUAUUGAUUUCGUCUUUGACUACCCUCGGCCCGUCUUCCCUUGGGUAAAACCCGUGUCAGGCGUUCUUUUCCAUUCUCCAAAACCCUUGCCUAAAGAACUUGAUCAGUUCGUGGAAUCCUCGGGAGACGCAGGGUUCAUCAUCUUGAGUUUCGGAACGUUGAUACCUGAGCUUACGGCGGAAACAGCAGCAAUGGUGGCCAGGGUUUUUGCGCGACUUCCCCAAAAGGUUAUAUGGCGAAACAUUAACUCUAACAUCUCUGGACUAGGAAAUAACACAAAAGUGUUGCCAUGGAUACCACAAAAUGACCUCUUGGGUCACCCCAAAGCAAGACUCUUCAUUACUCAUUGCGGUGUAAGCAGCUCGCACGAGGUUCUGUAUCACGGGGUUCCUGUUGUUGCUGUUCCGCUCUUUGUGGAUCAAUUUGGUCACGCAAGAAAGUUAGUUGAACGUCUCGGUAUGGGGGAAGAACUGGACUUCUUUAAUUUCACCGAGUCUGCCUUUUCUGGCACUGUUCUAAAUGUUUUAAACAACCCUAAAUAUUUUAAGAACGCUAAGCGUGCUGCAGCUACUGUUCGAGAUCAGCCGAUGGAUGGGAAAGAGGCUCUGAUGUUUUGGGUCGAGUAUGCCAUCAGGAACAACGGAAGUCUACAUUUUCAUUCUCAGGGGAUGGAGAGACUUAGUUGGUACCAGUAUCUGCUGCUCGAUGUUGUUAGCGUCCUUUUCAGCACUGUUGUUACUGUUGUUGUUUUGGUAUACCUUAUUUGUAAAUUGGUAUGCCGACAUGUCACGAAAAAAUGGUUUCCAUCAAAAAGAAAAAACAAAACCGAAUAGGCCAUCUGUUGAGAAAUGCCUUGCUUUUUCAUUAUUAUUCCUUCAAGACUGAUGAGUGUAAUGUUUUGUUAACGUUUGUUCCAUGUCCUUGUGUACCUAUUAAGUAAAUAACAAUUCAUAAUUGUAAGAAUUUCCUUUUUAGUCUUUGAAGAAGCAUUUAAAGUCAAAUUUUGCAACAAAAUCUGACCAAACGCCAUCAUAUAGUUUCAAAUAAUUAUAACUUGCAGUAAUACCAAAAGACUUCGU